CAACGCAAGUAUGUUGCCUAAAGUCUUUUCACCUUGCUGCCAGCUGGACGGAAUUUAAUUAUUUUGUCCUGAUUGAGAGCUACCUUCAACCUGCCACUGGGCCCAUACUUAAGCAGAGUAUAGCGAGAUCAACGGUAACAGAAAAACACAUCUGGUUCUUUAAUAUCUGCGUUCAGCACGGGAUUGUUAGGGAUCGGACAUUCUCUCUCUCAACCUGCCAGUUACGCCCCGCAUCCCAGACCGACGGGCGUGCCAGAGAAGAAGUGGCCGGCAAGAUAACGCCAGUGCGUGCUAUCGAACUGCUGCGGUACGCAGUCCUGAAGAGCGACGAAGACUGAACGUUGAGAGUGGACAUUAAAAUAAAGACUGCCAUUCUCUAUAUUAUCGAACGCGUGCGUGGUUGACUCCUCUACGAACGCACUGGUACGGAUUCAAAUGCAGACUUGGUGUCCGAAAUGUAACUCCUACUUCGCUGUUUGAGGAUGCUGCAUUUAGUUAAUUAUUCAUAACUGUUGUUUGUUUUAUACUGAGAUCUUUUCGAUCGGGAUUAUAAUAUUUGAGAUUUACGAUUUGAAUGACGGACAUAACUGUUUUCAAGAGGAGAAGACCGUCUCCGUUGAUGGUGAGCGGAACCAGGCGUUUUACCGAUUCUGACGCUCGCUGGACAUCUUGUCUUUGUACGGGACUAGCACGGGCCGCUCUCCUGUUGCUGAAUCCGGUGUGUAGCCUACUUCUGUGGUGCAACUGGGCAUGACAACAUGAAUUGGACAUCUAUGUAAAUAAACGCAUCAACAACUGGAGACGUGUCGCUUGAUCUCAACUGAACAAAAAGCUCUUGGUAUGGCUGAGAGGUCCUUGGAGCAGGGGUCGGUCUCCAUCCCUAUGGAAGAGACCAAGCGGACAGGGGGAGGCCCUCCGGACGCUGCUCUGCUAACCCACCUGAAGAAGGUGGAGAAUCACAUCACAGAGGCGCAGAGGUUCUCUCACCUGCCCCGGCGCUCAACAGUCGACCUGGAAUUCACCGAGCUCUCCUAUACCAUUCACGAGGGCCCCUGCUGGAGGAGGAGAGGUUGUAAGGCCCUUCUGAAGUGCCUGUCUGGGAAGUUUUGCAGUCGAGAGCUUAUUGGGAUAAUGGGACCAUCAGGCGCAGGCAAGUCCACCCUGAUGAACAUCCUGGCUGGGUACAGAGAGACAGGCAUGGAAGGUCAGAUCUUGGUAAACGGGCGACCUCGUGACCUGCGGACCUUUAGGAAGAUGUCCUGCUACAUCAUGCAAGAUGACAUGCUGCUGCCACACCUCACCACGCGGGAGGCCAUGAUGGUGUCAGCUAAUCUUAAGCUGAACGAGAACAUGGAAGUAAAGAAGGAACUGGUAAAUGAGAUCCUCACAGCUCUAGGCUUACAGGAGUGUGUGCACACUCGCACACACUCUCUCUCGGGAGGCCAGUGCAAGCGUCUGGCCAUCGCUCUGGAGCUGGUUAACAACCCGCCCGUCAUGUUCUUCGAUGAGCCCACCAGUGGUCUAGACAGUGCUUCCUGUUUCCAGGUGGUCUCUCUAAUGAAGUCUCUUGCUCAGGGUGGAAGAACCAUCAUCUGUACCAUCCACCAGCCUAGUGCUAAACUAUUUGAGAUGUUUGACAAGCUGUACAUUCUGAGCCAGGGCCAGUGCAUAUAUAAGGGCACGGUUCCAUACCUCAUCCCCUACCUGAAGAACCUGGGCCUCCACUGCCCCACCUACCACAACCCUGCCGACUUCAUAAUUGAGGUGGCAUCGGGAGAAUACGGCGAUCUGAACCCCGUGCUGUUCGAGGCCGUGCAGGGCGGCUUGUGCUCGGACGGCAGCAAGAAGAACUCCAGCGACAAGAGCGACUCCACGUCGUCCUGCCCCACCCAGUGUAACAACGAGUCGGGAUAUAUUGAGAAACACACCUUCGCCACCAGCACCCUCACCCAGUUCUGCAUUCUCUUCAAAAGAACCUUUAUCACUAUAUGCAGAGAUAUGGUACUGACCCACCUCAGGGUGAUGUCACACCUGUGUAUUGGAGUCCUCAUUGGCCUGCUCUACUUGAAUAUCGGAAAUGAUGCCAGCAAAGUGUUCAACAACACUGGCUUCCUCUUCUUCUCCAUGCUCUUUCUCAUGUUUGCAGCACUUAUGCCCACUGUCCUGACAUUUCCCCUGGAGAUGUCAGUGUUUAUAAGGGAACAUCUUAACUACUGGUACAGUUUGAAGGCGUACUACCUGGCCAAGACCAUGGCUGACAUUCCAUUCCAGGUCAUAUGUCCCAUCAUGUAUUGCAGUAUAGUGUACUGGAUGACAGAGCAGCCCCCUGAAGCUGGCAGGUACCUUCUCUUCAUGGCUUUAUCCACCUCCACAGCCCUGGUGGCCCAAUCACUGGGGCUCCUCAUUGGAGCAGCCUCCACCUCCCUACAGGUAGCCACAUUUGUCGGCCCGGUCACAGCCAUUCCGGUCCUGCUCUUCUCAGGCUUCUUCGUCAACUUUGACACCAUACCCAAAUACCUACAGUGGAGCUCCUACGUCUCCUAUGUCAGGUAUGGUUUCGAGGGCGUCAUCCUGUCUAUUUACGGUAUGAACCGCUCGGAACUGGAGUGCCCAGGUGUCGUAUGUAAGUUCCAGAAGCCCGAGGAGGUGCUGCAGCUACUGGACGUGGAGGACGCCAAGCUCUAUGUGGACUUCAUGGUCCUGGGGGUCUUCUUCCUGACCCUCCGGCUUGCCACCUACCUAGUACUCCGAUACAAAGUCAAGUCGGAACGCUGAGGAUUCGGAGUCAGCCAGCACGCUUUGUUCCGACCACCAUACUUGCUUUCCUUUGCACACCAAUCACAUAAUUACCUCGCAGAGGUGAACCAGAGCAAUGACCUCUGUCCUUUGAAACCAAUGCAACCCGAUUUUGAGUUGUUUGAGUUGUUUGAGCAACAUUCUUAUUCCUCUUAGGUUGAAGAACUUGAGUUCCUUUUAAGUGUAUGCUUCGCCACUCUCCUGACGUAAGAGACAUUAGGGGGUCAGUUGAGGCUGUGCCUGUUUAAAUGAACUGUUGCUUUUUCAUCAGACUCUUUCCAUGCAGUGUUGUUUUUUAGAUGCAUUGUAAAAUGAUGUCCAAAUUCUUACUGUAACAAAGAAGCAUGAUGGAUCAGAGUGAAACUCAGUGGAGCUGGAGGUACAACGUACCUGUCCCACUAGUCAAUCUCUCACUCACUCCAUGCACUGCAGUCUAAACUGUCCUAAAGUCAACAGCCUUUUCUACGGGUCACUUCAGUAUUCGAGUGACUGUUCUCAAUCCACUCUGAAUGCAGCUUAGUUUCCAGAUGGCACUUUUUCCUGAUUUUACACAAGCAGACCCAGCUGCCCUGUAUUGUAACUAUACUGUCCUGCUCCAGAUAUGGGGGACAGUGAGAGUCUAACCAGCAUGUCUACAGUCCCAUGCUUGUCUGUUCUCCAGCGGAGUCUUUCCAGCGUUCCCAGAACUAGCCACGAUGUUUGAUUGUGCACCACAUUUCUCACCUUGACUUACUCUGACGACAUCUAACACACCAAUAGCCACUUCUGGGCAAGGGACCCACAAUCAGUUUUUCUCCCAGUCUACAUGUGAUAUAUGUAACUAAAGCAAGUGUGUUUGAUGUGAACUGCCUGUAAUCUUUUCAUCCAGUCAGGGACAAACUGGGAAGAGGGAUCCUGGAUAAACUCUUUAGCUGUUCACAGCUCCAUCUGUCUCAUGGAUAAACCCCCUCUAAUUAUUUUUGCCUGACACUCUUAGGUGUGAAGGAUAUUGUGGAAUCUUGCAUUUUUUAAAAACGUUUCCUUGUGUUUAUCUGGAUGGCUCGGCUGCACCAUGUGAUGCAAUUUUUAGUAUGCAACACUGGCUGACUGGCUUUCGUAUGAUUGCAGGAAUACAAUUAAGAAUUUUACAAUACAGUGCAUCAAAUUCUGUACACAACUUUUUCUUGAAUUCAGGAACAUGAAAGUCAGUCAGUCAUCCAAAAUGUGGAGAAUAACUACUGUCUGCUGAGCUUUCCUUUCCAGACGCAGGGAAGGAACUAACCAAACGCUUCCUCUGGUGGGCGAGUCAGUAUGGGUUCAUCUGGGGUCAGGACUCCUUCUAGUUCUAUAUCUCUCUGAUUCACUUGAGACUGUUCAAGGCUCCUCCCGCUUAAGGUGGAGUUCAUGCAAUCCAGUCAUGUGUCAUUUUUUGUCUGUCAGCUCCACUGUUGGGGCAAACCCGGGCUGUCAGGAACAUUGUGUCUGUUACCAGUUGCCCUGCAAAAUGCUGGAUGGACAGUUCGUGCCUCCUUAACAGUGUGGAUUGUUGCAAACCCCUCAAUGGACAUACACUGCCUAUUAUGAGCACGUACACUACACACGUCUAAUUGUUUUCACGUUAGUCAGCCUCUGAAAUGCUGCAGUGCAAUGGUGACGUCUUACCAGAUGAUGGACUUAAUGCUAUUCUGAAAACCUUUUUUUUUAAAUUCCUGUUUCGUGAUAUGUCUGCUCAUAUGCUGAAUUAUUAUAACCCAACUAUAUACACUACAAAAAUAGAUGUGCAAUGCUGUAACUGCAAAUAACCUUUUUUUAGAUUGGUUUGUAUUUAGUUUUACUUUUAUAUGAAUUUGAUGUGCAAUGCGUGUGAUGUGUAAAUGUAACUGGCAUGGUGAAUAUGGACUCAAAAAAGUUGCGUAGGAAUUCAUGUUACUCUUGAAUUAUAUUCAGAGUAUAUACUUCUUCAAGCCUUAUUUCUUUUCCAGGCUACUUUUGCUGUUUUGUUUUAGUUUUAUCCUAAUCAUGCAAAAAUGACA